UAGUGAAUGGUUCUGCUCGGAUCAACACUCGGGUAUAAUCAGAGAAUUUGGCAGCCAGAGACACCCACUGGUCCCAUCACAACUGAAGAACAGGUUUGACCAGAUGCAGAACUUUCACAUGUGAUAUGCCCCUCACCAAUCAUACACCACCAUUCUUAGGUGCCUGGGGCUCUUUUAAAAAGGAUUGAGGGGGAACUUGUGGAGCAUUGUAGGUGUGUUUGGGUCAGCAGUGGAGCAAAGGAGGUGGAAGGUUGCUGAAGAUGGCCAAAGGGGAGAAUGGUGUGCGAUGUUUCCAAGGCUUGCUAAUCAUGGGCAAUGUCGUUAUGGGGCUCUGUGGCCUUGCCCUGAUGGCAGAGUGCAUAUUCUUUGUGUCAGACCAACACACACUGUAUCCUCUGCUGGAAGCUACUGACAAUGACGACAUCUAUGGUGCUGCCUGGAUUGGGAUCUUCACUGGCUUUUGUUUCUUCUGUAUGUCAGUCCUUGGUAUUGUUGGAGUCUUGCAGUCAAAUAGAACAAUGCUAGUGGUGUAUAUCUGCUUGAUGAUGAUUGUCUUUGCCUUUGAAGUGGCCUCUAGCAUCACAGCAGCUGUGCAUCGAGACUUUCUUACUCCCAAUCUCUUCCUGAAACAAAUGCUGGAAAAAUACCAGAAUCCAGAGCCCAUCAAUAAUGAUGACAAUUGGAAGAGUGCAGGUAUCACUAGGACAUGGAACCGUCUCAUGUUGCAGAAUAAAUGCUGCGGUGUGAAUGGGCCAGCAGACUGGCAGGAGUAUACCUCUGUCUUCAGGACUGUGAACAAAGAUGCAGACUUCCCCUGGCCUCGACAGUGCUGUGUCAUGGAUACGCUAGGAAAAUCGAUCAACUUGGAUGGCUGCAAAUUAGGGGUGUCUGGGUAUUAUCACAACACGGGCUGCUACGAAACCAUCACUGGCCCAAUGAAUAGACAUGCGUGGGGUGUUGCCUGGUUUGGCUUUGCUAUUCUCUGCUGGACUACUUGGGUUCUCCUUUGUACCAUGUUUUACUGGAGCAGAAUUGAAUAUUAAAAGAACCAGUAUCUACCAGUCUGUCCUCCUUGGAAUCUACAAAUUAUUUUUUUGUACAAAAAAAUGUGAUGUCUUAUGUCUCUAUCUAUUUCUUCUGUGGUAAUUCUGAAGAUCUCUCCUUAAUCCUGUCUUCUCUCCUCAGUGGUGAUCUCUUUCCAACUCCUCUCAUUUCAGUAUAGUAGACUAUACUGCCGUGGGGAGAGGGGCUAGAAAGGGGUAGCUUCCUUAAUCUCUUGUGCUCUGAAAAGUUGUAUGUAUUAAGGACCAUUAGAUGGGUGUGCUCUGCCCAGAGGUAGCAAUAUGGAGGAAAUGACUCCAAAUAUGUCAACCAAUCUGAAGGUAAUUGUCUGGAGCAAGUAUGUUAUGUUUUGUAACACUCCAUCAAGAGUAUUAUUGAAAUGAUUUCCCUCUGCUUUGAAAGCAUGUGUCAGCAGUUCUUUGCAGAGGUAAAAACAACUUUUAAGAUGUUUAACUUUUUUUCUGAUUGAUGGAAGUCAAACUAGGAAAUGUUCCUUUAAAGACUAACAGUGUAAUCCUAAGAAGAGUUUCUCCUGUCUGAGCACAUUUAUUGGAAUGGGCUUAGACUCGGGUAACUCUUCUUAGGAUUGCACUGUAAAUUGGGUUUGUUAGUGUAUUCAGAGCACUGAUCCAUGAACUGUGUAUGUGACAUUGUGUUACUCAUGACUACCUCUUGUUUAAUGGAUCACUGAUAACUUAGCAAUGGUAUGUAGUUGCACACCAUUGUGUGGAACUGGGCCCAACCCAUGUUACAUUGUUGAGUGACUCACUCAGAAAAGAUGUUUGAGCAACAGAACAUAGAAGAUCUAUGGAAGAACUAUUAAUAGGAUGGUUACAUUAAAAAUGUUUUCCUCUGUUCUUAAGUUCAUCAGAAUCCACCGGAAAACCAAAUGAUACUUAUUUCUCAUUUGUAACUGGUCAAUUAAUUAUACAGGAGAUCUCUUUUUUUAAAAAAACAUAGCCCGGUCUAAUUUGAUCAUACCACUUAUACCAAACUGUGUGCCAUUUUGUGAUAUUUUGUUCAUUGUACAGAUUUUUUUUUUAAAAGACCAGAACCUUUUUCUAAGGCGUGUGACUAGAUCCGGUGCUAGAGAUCCUGAUCAUAUCUCUAGCAGUCUGUAUUGUUCUUUUUUUAAAAAAAGCUUCAAGGAAGCAAUUUGGGUGGUGCUGGGACCCUGGGUGUGUGGGAGGGUAGUCUUUCUCCCCUGUGCUGUUUCCCUGAUAGCUGUUCUAAGAGGGCCCAAUUUCUGUUAGUUUAAAGCUUCUGGGGCUAACAGCACUCAAGGUGCAGGGUGGAUGCCUAGUCCUUGCCCACCACAGUUCUGAUUCAAACCAGGGCCUGUAGUAGCUGCCUUUAAGGAGAAUAAAGACCUCUGGUGAUCCAAUUACAGAUCUUCUCAGUGUCUAUAUAGUUGCACCCUCAGUCUACCCUGAGCUCCAGGAACACAGCACUUGCUCUGUUUGACUUUCUGUGUUCAACCUUUAUCAAUAAAGUGGAGCUUUAAAAAAAAACCCAAACAAUGUUUUUUGUUGAUGCAUUUUCUAAGUUGUCUAGAACAUAUCACUGUAUAUUCUAGUGUGUGGGACUCGAAAGUUGGGUCUAUUUAAAUUCUUCAGCUUGAGAAUCCUCAAGGACAAGUUGGUUCCUUGAAGGUUCCCUCAGAGGCAACAUUGCUCAGUGACAGAAUAUCUCCUUGGUGUGCAGAAGGUCCCAGGAUUCAUCCCUGGCAUCUCCAGAUAAAACAAUUGGGUAGUAGAUGAUGCAAAAUAUCUAAAUAUGAGACCCCAGAGAGCUGCUACCAGUCUAAUCAAUCAGCACUGACCCUGAUCGACCAGUGUUCUGAGCUAGUACAAGGCAGCAUCGUAUGACUUUAUGAUGAAAAGCAGUAUCUCUCUUCCUUCUAGAGCAGAACUUAAUACUUGUGUAUUUUUGAACCACUUGCCCUCAGCCCUGCCUGUUGACUUAUUACUAUCUGUAGCUUCAAGAACAAGCUUUAUAUUCAACCUGUAAGCUAAAGUCAAGUAGGAGAGACAUUAAGACUAGAUAUAUGGUAUUAGGGGCAUGGAUUAAUAAGGAUGGUGGCUAGUCAUAUUAGUUUUUGUGUGGAUAUGCGCUUGCACGUAUCGGAGUACAUAAUACCUUUCCAUGAGCUUAAAAAAACAGACCAAUCCCUACCCUCAAGGAGUUUACAAUCUAAAUGACCUUUUAUUUCUUUGUUUUUCAUCUGUUCUGGGAGAUUAAAGCAUAAAGGAGCUGACAUACCACCUUUCACACCAUGUGGGUAGAGAAAACGAAUCUAAGCUUUUUUCACCUUGCUCAAUGGAUAUUAUCUUAUUUAGGGAAUUUAUAUUGCCUCUCUAGAGUAGAGCUUCUUUGGCCUCUUUACCCCCCCCCCCCACACACACAUGCACUGGCAUACAGGAGGAAUUAUACCCACCUGGCACCUGGCACAGUUUGCUCUGAAAGUAUAUUCCUUAUGGUCUGAUGGGUUUCCUAAGUGUGCUUUCCUCAGCUAAAAAACUGCUAUGCUGCCAUUUUAGAAAGGGACUGAAAAACUUCUAGCUUCUGUCAAAGGCAGAACGACAAGAACCCAUCAGUCCCCACAGUUAUGUAUGGGACUGAUAUGUUGGUGUGAGUCCUGCCCGCAGUAUCCUCAUAUGGUGAAACACCCAUGUAAGGUUUUUCACUCCAGCCCUAUGAGGAAACUAAAUCAGCACAAAUGUUAUGGACAGCCAGUGUUCUUGAUCAAAGGCAGGGGCAACUAUUGGGCCUGGUGGCAAUAUAGUCAUGAAAAAUGGAAGUUGAAGCACUUCUUCUGAAGACAGCAAAGGUGAUGAGUUUCUGUUUCUGACAGUCUCCUACUACCCUUUGAUAGAAUAGCUAGCUGAAGAGUGGGCUGGUGCCAGAAUGCUGCCAGGCAGGCUUAUCAGGAAUAUCUGUACUGUCUGUCUGCCCAGUCCUGUUUUCCUGCUCUUGCAAUUUUCUCAUUCCAGUUUUUACUACCAUUCGUGACUCCUGUCCACUUCCCCACCUACUGUGACUGAAGAUUCCACUGUAGGGUGGGUAAAGAUCAGAACAGCAGAUGCAGAAUGGGAGAGACAGUAAAAGAUGCACAGACUGCAUGCUUUGUCUAGAGUUUCAUGAAGGUCCUCCUCCUUGUUUUAAGGUUGCUAUCUCUAGACAGUUUUUAAGACAAUAGUUAGCUUCAAAACAGCUAAAGGGCCCAGUGACAUGAUCCUUCAUGAAUAUAAACUGUGAUGUUGGACCACUCCUAGAGAUAAUUGACCAAGAUCCUAGGGUCCCUCCUUUGCAGACAUAGAGACGUCAACAUGCUCACAAUGCUUCAUUGGUUCCGUAAUCACAUUUUCCUCCAUGGGAAUUCCUCUGACUUGGCUGUCUGUGUUUUCUAAAGACUCUGUGAGAAAGAUACUCAAGUCUACUUACAGAUGCUUUCUUGAAGAGCCAUAUAGAUUUCAAUGGAUGUCCUGCUUUCCACAUUUGGGUCUGAAAAUAAUUCCCAACUCCUUCCCACAUGUCUGUACAGAAACCAAUGAAAUAUAUCUAUUGUCCUGUGCCUCAGGCAAUUGCUGGUCCUAGGUAUUGUGCCCUAAGGAAAAUGUUCAGCAUUGUUGUCUUUGAAAGGAUCGUGGAACAUGCACUGUUUUAAAAAAGUCCCUGAGACCUGCUCAUUUAUCAAGCCUUUAUUGUCUUACUCUGACUCAUUGGCUCUUCUCUUCCUCCAAUCUGUCUGCUGGAAAUUCCAGGAGUAUAAUCUGGGCCCUUUGAGUAUGCAGAACACAUGUUCUACCUCUGAGGUAUGGCCACCUUCAGUCACAGUGAAUUAAUGCUUUACAUCAUUUGUUUGUUCUCGAACCAUGUAUUUUUUUUUCUUUGAGUCUGAAUGUUGGAUUAAGCAGGAAUAACUGGGUAUAUAUGAGCAGUGCUUCAUUGUUACCCUUCCUCUCCUUCCCACUGGGCAUUUCUAUGACCUCUUAAAAGCAAGAAAAGCACUCUAUGUAUGCAUUAGCAGGCACAAAAAUGAGUAGUGACUUUGCUUCCAGAAAUGUAUCAGCCAGCUGGUUCAUUGAAUAUCUAUAUGUGCACAUUUGUUUUGAAAGAUACUAAGCACUAAGGGAUCUGGGAACUGAGCUAGUUUGAUAAUGAGCAAUUCCUUAGUGCUCAGUAUCACCUGAUGAUAUAGUUUCCAAGAUUCCCAGGAUCAGUGCUGCUAAGACAAGGCAAGUCAGAAUUGAAUUAUACUUGCCUCAUGUUGGUGCAGCAGCAUGGCACAUGGCAAGGUAGCCAGGUCCCCUUACCUGUAAACCAUAGCGGGGAGGGGAGGCCACAGAACACACGUGCCAUUUUGAUGUGGCUCAGGCCAGCUUCUUCCCAUCUCUUCCUGCUGGCCAGGUGAGUGGUGUAGGGGUGGCGGCUGGGAGUGGGGGACCCCAGCCCCCAGUAGGGGGCUGACAACUCUGGCACAUGGCAGUUAUAAAUGGUUUUGUUUCCUUAGGAAUCUCAAGCAGCCCCUUUUCGGUUAUCCACAUAAUUUAUUCAACAGCUUCGACUGGGUUCUCGGGCUUCCUGUGUAUCACGUUUGCCUUCUUUCUUUCAUCUUGGUUGCAUUGUUGCAUGGCUUCCAAUGCUUGACUGAAGAAACUCUUUCCAUUUGUGCAAAGCAACUGGCACAAUAAGGCAGUCAGGGCUUUUUUUCUGGGAAAAGAGGUGGUGGAACUCAGUGGGUUGCCCUUGGCGAAUAUGGUCACAUGGUGGCGCAGAGGGCAAUCUAAACUCCCCUCUGUCUGGAGAUCCGGGGGCGGGGCCACCAGCCAUGUGACCAUUUUCAAGAGGUUCCGGAACUCCGUUCCACCGCAUUCCAGCUGAAAAAAAGCCCUGAAGGUAGUUAAUAAGCAGGUGAUAAUUACCUCUAGCUAUAUUCUGAAUGUGGCCCUGGAGAGCAGAUAAAAAAAAAUCCUCACAAUGUGGCCGGGAAGAGAAAAAGAUGUUUCCACAAAGGUGGGGGAAACGUCGAUUUGCAGAACAAUGUCAAAUAUUUGAAGAAUAAAGGAAAGAGAAGCAUUUAAAACUUAAAUUGCCAUUGUGGAAGCCAUUUUGGGUAUGCAAACUGUCUGUAGUUGUCUAGGUUAUCCAAAUGACUACUGCAGUUUACCUAAGGUGAGUUGGGAGAAAAGAAGAGUGUGCGGGCAGGAAAGACAAGAAGAAAAACUGCAGAGAGGAAGAAAAACCAGAUCUGAGAAAAUGAUAUCAAGUUUGUACUUCAGAGAGACAUCAGCUAUCAACAUCCUGAGAAUACAGGAGCGUCUUGUUCUGUUUAUGGAUAUGCCCAAAGCUGCAUGUAUUUGUGCUAAAUAUCUAAUCUUUAAAUGCUGCACCAAGAACAGCUAAAUUCAACUAUCUGUACAAACUUGACAUAAGUCUGCAUCCAUACAUGUGUUUUCUUCUAUGUGCUAGCAGCAUCGCAGCUCACGCGCAGUGCUAUGUAUGUCCUGUACCGCAGCAGUCUGCCACAUUCCAA